GGAUCAAACCACUUUGAAUAUCUUGUGAUCGGAGCUGGCUCUGGAGGAAUCGGCUCUGGAAGAUGGACAGCUGCCAAGCACGGCACCAAGGUCGGCAUCAUUGAGUGCCAAGCUCUUGGAGGAACCUGCGUCAAUGUUGGAUGUGUCCCAAAGAAAAUAUAAUGUUCAAUGCAGCAUCUUUCCUCGAAAAUCGUGAGCUUUAUGAGGGAUAUGGGCUUUCAGCAGCUUCUGAAUUGAAACUUGACUUCCCAACUUUGAAGAAGAACAGAGAUGCUUAUAUAGAGUGGCUCAACGGCAUCUAUGGAGGAAUGAUUGCCAACAAUUCCAUGACUCUGAUUAAAGGAUGGGCUAAAUUCGUCGAUAAUCACACAGUCGAAGUUGACGGAAAGGAUAGAUACACUGCUGAUCACAUCCUCAUCGCUGUUGGAAGCAGACCUGACAAAGGUGGUUUUGAAGGAGAUGAAUACUGUAUUGAUAGUGACGGAUUCUUCGCUCUAGAAGACCUCCCAAAGAAAGUUAUUGUCUACGGAGGUGGAUACAUUGGUACCGAACUUGGACAAAUCUUACACGCCUUGGGCACAAAAGUUAUCCAGGUUGUCAGAAGUGAAAUCUUGAGAAUUGCUGAUGAUGAUAUCAGAGAGCAGCUUUACAAGCUUAUGGACCUCAGUGGAUACGAAUACAGAAAGAAGACCACCAUUGUAAAGGUAGAAAAGACAGACUCUGGUCUCAGAGUUCAUCUCAGUGAUGGGACUAUAGAAGAGGAUGUAGAUGAAUGUAUUGUCGCCACAGGAAGACCAGCAAAUGUUGAAGGUCUUGGUCUUGAAAACACUGAUAUUGAGCUGACUAAAAAGGGACAUAUCAAAGUGGACGAAUUCAACGUCACCACUGUACCAAAUGUUUAUGCUGUCGGAGACGUCACAGGAGCUGCUGAAUUAACUCCAGUUGCUAUAAAGACAGGUAGAACACUUGUUGAAAGAUUGUUUAACAACAGACCAGACUUAAGGAUGGAUCAUGAUCUUAUCCCAACUGUCAUCUUCUCCCAUCCUCCUAUCGGAAUGAUUGGACUAACCGAGAGCCAAGCCAAAGAGAAAUACGGAGAGGAAAAUAUUGCCACUUACAAAUCGACUUAUGUGAACAUGUUUUACUCUUUGAUCCAAGACAGAGAAAAGAAACCAAAGAACAUGAUCAAAUACAUUGUUAACAAGCAAGAAGAUGAGAAGAUUGUUGGCCUACACCUCAUCGGUAAGGACUGCGAUGAGAUGCUCCAAGGAGCAGCAAUCGCCAUUAAAAUGGGAGCCACUAAGAAAGACUUUGAUAGGACAGUCGCUAUUCAUCCAACAGGAUCUGAAGAAUUAGUACUUGCUGAUCCAUACGUCUAGAUCGUCCGCAUUAAUCAAUUUCAAUGAAUCGUUCGGU